CCCUGUUUGAUUUCUUUUUUAACCACCCUGUCGAAGAAUUUUUCAGUAAAAACCUUGUGUGCUGUUUUUUCAUUUGCAAAUCGACGAUUUAAACGCUCGAGGAAUGUGCCAAGCUGUUGGUAAAUAACCUUUACUUUUUAGUCCGACCCAUUUAAUUGCGAAUUAUGUCGUCCAUUAUAACGCGCAAGGAUGGCGACGUCGACGAGCAGAAGUUGUCCAAAAAGCGCGCUGCCGCCACAGAAUCCGGCGCCAUCGAAGCACCCAAGAAAUCCCGCUUCGAUGUCCUGGAAAAGAAUGGCAAAAGUGACCAAAAAGAGGAAGCGGCCGCCACGGCCUCGCUGAGUUCCACGCAGAUCAAGCUAAUGAUGGCCCAUGCCCAGCGGGAGAUCGAGGAGCGCAAGCGGGCGUUGAGUAAUCUGCGUGACAAGGAUCCCCUGCUGGCGUCGGUACCCUCAAUUGGAAUGCCCGUGGCCCUGGCCACUCAGGCGCUAUCGAAGAAACCCACGCCUGAGGACUCGGAGAAAGCAAGGAAGAUAGCCGAGCUGCAGGCACAAAUUCGGGCCAAGCUCACCGGAAAUUUGGCCAGUCUGAUUCAACCCACAGCCGUGGCAGCCGCCGCCGCAGCUGCUGCCCAGGCGCAGGAGCGACCGAAACCUUUGAUUCUGGACGAUGAGGGGCGCACCGUGGACAAGAGCGGCCGAGCCAUAAAUAUACCCACUGUGACGCCCACUCUCAAAGCCAAUAUACGAGCCAAAAAGCGGGAAGUAUUCCAGCGCCAGACGGGCUUAGGUGAGCGGAGUGAAUCUGCCACAUCGGCCCAAGAUGAGGCCAUCAAGUACUUUGACGAUCGCAUAGCCCAAAAGCCGACGGUGAGGAACAAGAGGACGCUGCGUUUUCACGAGCCAGGAAAAUUCCAGCAGCUGGCCGAACGGAUGCGCAUGAAGAGUCAGCUGGAGCGGCUGCAGAAUGAGAUUUCCCAAAUAGCCCGCAAGACGGGCAUUUCGUCCGCUACCAAACUGGCGCUGAUUGCUCCCAAGCAGGACAUGCCCGACGAUGUGCCCGCCAUGGAGUGGUGGGACUCAGUCAUUCUCACCCAGGAUCUGGAUACGUUGGACGAGGCGAGUGGUAAGAUAAGCAUACGCCAGUCGGCCAUUAGCAACCUCAUAGAGCAUCCCACACAAAUGAAGCCGCCAAAUGAGCCCAUGAAACCGGUCUAUUUGCCCGUAUUCCUCACCAAAAAGGAACGCAAGAAGCUGCGGCGCCAGAAUCGUCGCGAGGCCUGGAAGGAGGAGCAGGAAAAGAUUCGCCUCGGCUUGGUUGCCCCACCGGAGCCCAAGCUACGCAUCUCCAAUCUAAUGCGCGUUUUGGGCUCCGAGGCCGUGCAGGACCCCACUAAAAUGGAGCAGCAUGUGCGCGAGCAGAUGGCAAAGCGGCAGAAGGCGCACGAGGAUGCGAACAAUGCCCGCAAGCUGACCAGCGAGCAGAAGAGCGAGAAGAAGCAGCGCAAGCUGAGGGAGGACACCAGUUGCGGGGUGCAUGUGAGCGUGUAUCGCAUACGCGAUCUGCAGGACAACCAGAGCAAGAAGUUCAAGGUGGAGACGAAUGCCAAGCAACUGCAGAUGACCGGCACCGUGGUGCUGUUCCGCGAUUGCUGUGUUGUCGUCGUCGAGGGCGGUCCCAAGCAGCAGAAGAAGUAUCGCCGCCUGAUGCUGACCCGUAUCAAAUGGGAGGAGGACAUAGCCAAGGGCAAUGACGGCCAGGACGUGCCCAAUUCGUGUGUGCUCGUCUGGGAGGGAACUAGUCAACGACGGCAUUUUGGCGAAAUUAAGUUCAAGAUCUUUCCCAUGGAGAAGAUGGCCCGCGAAUUUUUCCAAAAGCAUCAGGUGGAGCACUACUGGGAUCUCGCCUACUCAGGAGCCGUGCUCGAGGCCUCCACGGAUCAGCAGUAGAAGAUCGUUGGCGCAGCGAGAGGGAAGCAUUUUAGCAAUUACUAAAAAUACACUAUGUACUAAAAAUUCACUUUCGAAAGGAUACAAGUCUGAAUUGAUGUUUUGAAGCGCUACGCAUUUGUAAUGUUAUCUUUCUCGGAACUUUAUGAACCUUUGGAAGUGCAAAAAUAUAAAUAAAAGUUUUGUCAGGA